AACUCCAUUCUCCAUUCUCCAUUCUCCAUUCUCCAACUCAUUACUCCUUCCUUAAACCUUCUCGGCCACUAUCUCCGUCGAAGCUCCAGCAGCAUCGACACUACCUGCACUGUUUGAGACAUUGAAAUAGGCUUCGUUGAAACGCAACUUGUUGCACAUGAAACGCAACUUUCGUUUCCGUUGACAGGAUCUUUGAUUUAAGAGACAAAGAAAGAACGUUCAACUAUUAUCUACCAGGGUCCUCAACCAUAUACUCCUUUACUUCGUUUAUCUUGGAACAAGAAGGAUUUGAGUUUCUCAUAGUUACAGCUCUCUCUAUCGCAACUCAUCUCCGUCUGAGUGAUCGCCUCACUCACGAGCUGCUUAGCCGCGCAUCACGCCGGCGCUCCAUCUACGUGGCUGAGCGACUCUGUCAAGGUUUCAAAUCAGUUAUAGCUGUACCUCAACAUCACUGCAAGUGCAAACAAUGAACUUGGACUUAUGAUUUUGAAGUUGAGAUGCAUGUAUGAUCUUUGAAGGUUUUUGUUAUGGCAACGGCAACAUACCCACCACCACCACCUUAUUACAGACUUUACAAAGAUUACUCGCAAGACCCUCAGUCUGCUCCAGAGCCUCCGCCACCAAUUGAAGGAACUUAUGUUUGUUUUGGAGGCAGUUACACUACCAGUGAUGUUCUACCAAGCUUGGAAGAACAAGGAGUGCGUCAACUCUAUCCUAAAGGACCUAAUAUUGAUUUCAAGAAGGAGCUGAGAGCACUUAAUGGACAAUUGCAACUACACAUUUUAGAGCUUGCUGAUAUUCUCAUUGAGAGGCCAUCACAAUAUGCAAGGAGAGUCGAAGAAAUUUCAACUGUGUUCAAAAAUAUACACCACCUUUUAAAUUCACUGCGUCCUCAUCAGGCAAGAGCAAAUUUGAUUCACAUUCUGGAACUUCAGAUAGAGCGCCGUAAACAAGCUGUGGAGGACAUAAAAAGGAGGAGAGAAGAAGCUCGAAGAAUCCUUAAUGAGUCACUGGCAACACUUGAUGGCCAUUAAAGCAUUGUUUAUCUUGUAUUGCUGAGCAACUUAAUCUUUAUGAGAAAUUAAUUUUGAUCCAUUGAUGGGGAAUGCUGUUUUACAGCGUGAGCAAGUAUUGUAACUAUUUGUGAUAAUAUAUGGUGCAUGAACGUUUGAUGAAUAUGCUUUAUAAAUUAUAUAUUUGGGAUUAAAUUUGGAUUGUUCUUUAAAUUGUGUUUGUGUGUAGAAGCUUGACUCUAAAUAAAACAGUUGCGAGCGAAUAA